CUUAUUAAAUAGGUAUGAAUGAUAUAGACGAAGUUGAUGAUGAUCAUUGCUUUGCACCUACGGAUUUGGGAAUCACUCUUCCUGGUCGUCAAGCUCUCACUCUACCAAUACUUUUGAGUUUCUUGAAAUCCGAAUGUCCGCCAUCCUUGUUAGAAUUGCUCAAAAACGACUCAGUGAUCCUUCUAGAGUGCAGUUCCUGUCGGAAUAUAUUUCGCGACAUGGCCAAUUUCUUCACUCAUCGACUGCAGUUCUGCCCCAGUGAAAAGUUGAGCCGACCUGGGAUGAAUAUACCUUUUACCGAAAUCUUAUCAUCGACCACGUCUCCUUCAGUCGUGGAGACGGCCAACAUCCAAGAGGGGACUGUACUGGUCCCAUCUGAGAGUGAACAAAAUGACGAUCACUGCUCUAGCACCACUUCAUUAGCUAAUACUGCCAGCUCAUCUACUGAACACAAGCUACAAACUUCUCGUCUCGAUCAAAUUGUGACUCAGUUAAGGCAGCGUUCUGGGGCAUAUAUGAGCGACGAAACUGUAAAUCAAGUCGAGAAUGGGGCUGAGUCAGACGAUUCGCAGAGGAGUAAAUCCUCCAACGUGCAAUGCUACGUCGAAAACCCGCUGAUCAGAAGUAAGCCAUACACACAGACGUCUGAAAACUUCACAGCUGUCGUCAGUUUCACUCAUUUGAGAUGUUUGCUCUGUAAAAAGUCAUUUAGUGCGCGAAAAAAUCUGGUUCAUCAUGCCAGACUAUUCCACAGGAGCGCACUGAAUGCGAAGUGCAUUGGCGCCAAAAGUCCCCUGACAUUGCCGUUCAAGUGCAAAAUAUGUGGUCACCAGUUUCAGUGGAAAAGUUCGCUCUGGCGUCACAAGAAGGAAAAGCAUUCAUCAUACGCAGGAUCUAUCAAUGACGUAAUUGCUAGUGAUUCACCUUUCGCCUCUAUGACUAACUCGGAACCAGUUCAUGUAAACGAGACACAGAAAGAGACCGUAGUCAUAGAACCCGUUCAAAACGCAUACUCACAGCCCAUGAAACCUUUUCAAUGCGAUUUCUGCGAGGUGCGGUUUACGGGAAUGAAAGCACGGAGGAAGCAUAUUCGACUGAAGCAUCCGGAUAGAGACCCUUUGAACAAAAACCGAACCGGAGUUCUUGACUUGUCCUCAAAGGAGUAUGACGAGCUGCUUGGGAGCUCGUAUAUGAGUUCCUCGCCUCCUGGGUUUUAUCCUUGUCCCGAUUGUGGCGUGCAGUUCAGAAUUAAAAGCAGUAUGAUGUCGCAUCGAGCGAGGAAGCAUGGCAAACGCGAUAACCCAGAUCGAGAUCCUAAUCGCAGCUGGCAGUGCAAUCAAUGCGGUGCUCGCUUCAAUCUGGAGCUUAGCCUGAAAGUCCACGUGACCAAGAAGCACGGGAGACCAAAGCCAGAUAGACCCGAACCGGGAAUAACUCUGGCUAGUCAUAGCUAUGAAACGAAAUCAGCAAUUCGUGCUAGAAAUGAAAGUGCGCGAAGUAUUGUCGAAGAUCUCCAAGAUGAUGAUUCGUUUGUGGUUCAACAAAACGGAGUCGAAUCAGAGGACAGCGAGAGUAAGUUUGGAGAAAGUUGUGGUAGCAUAAACAGUUCCAGGCAGUCGAGUUCAAGUCGCGUUUGGGUGAACCCUCGACUGGCGGAGUACGAAAAAAUCUCAGAUAUUUCUACACUGACAUGCAAAAUUUGUUUGACCCAGUACGCCGACCGCAAAAAGCUAUUUCUUCACCUUAACAGGUGCCACAUGACAGGACAAAGUCCACUAAAAACUGCUAUUUUUGAAGACGAAGAAGAAUUUGAUGAAAAUGAAGUUCUUAUUCACGAGUCAAAUAUGGCAAACGGAGCCAUGCAUGAUUCGGCUCGAACUUGUAGAAAGGUGAGAGAUUACUCCAAAAUUUGCGAUUUCGAUACCUUAUCGUGCAAGCUAUGCCCAAGACAGUGCAAUAGUAUGUCGCAAUUACAAAACCAUGCUUUGUACAAACACGUAGACAUGGUUGAGCUCGUGCCCAUGAAACAAGAGAAUGGGGUUAGUUAUGACAGUCAAUCAGAUUCACUGGACUUAUCUCUGGAUAAGGUGGAAACAGAUUCAGCAAAUGGAGAUCCUCCCCCUGUGCUGGCAAGGAACACUAGGGCCUCAGAUAAACAAAACUCGGAAGUUUCAGACUGUUGGAGUUCUGGAGUCAACGGUGAACAGCAGUCGGUUUUGGCAACAAAUCAGGGCACAGCUAAGAAGAGUUCGAUUUACUAUUUCGGUGAUUACGUAAUCCUCGAGAGUCACACAUGCUUGUUAUGCAACAAGAGCUUGACCACCACAAGCAACUUGCUUCGACACAUGGUAUCUUUUCACAAGAGUGUUCAAAAUGUUCUUGGAACGGCAAGUAACGGAAAAUCAAAUUCACAGGAUGACAAUUUAGAUGGAAUGGACUGUUAAAAAGACAACUUUAUUUAUUUUAUUAGUUAUUAGAUAGCAAUUAUUUAAAGUUUUUAAUUCCACUUGUUCUAAAUUAAUUCGUUGACAGUAAUUUCUUUGUAAAAAUUGCUCGCCGAUCUGUUAUUUAUUGUCAAUUGUUAGUGUCAAUUUUUAGGUGCUGUCUUGAUAUGCUUCGUUUUUGAAGAAGCAAUGAUUGUCCCAAAUUUUGUACCAAAUCAUCUUUUAUUCAAAUUUCGUUCUUCUGUCUGUUUGAGUUUUCUUUUGAAUUUAAUUAAACGAUUUAGCUACUUAAAUUGUGCCGAUUUAAUUGUCCAUUUUUUCAAGCCGACAAAGUUAUGUAAUGUUUAUCAAA